UUAACACAAAAAAAAAAGACACCAAGCCGAGAGAAAAUAUGGCAGCCUCCUCGUUGCCUGACAAAACAUUCUGGUAUAUUAUCCCAGUGUUGUUUUCACAUUGUUUCAUGGCUAUGGCUGUGACCAACUUGAGCACAGACGAAUCUGCUCUUCUUGCUUUAAAAGCUCAUAUAACAGACGACCCUCAUAAUCUCUUGACACACAAUUGGUCCAGCACUACCUCUGUCUGCAACUGGAUUGGCAUCUCAUGUGGCUCUCGCCAUAGAAGAGUGAUAGCUUUGAAUCUUACAAACAUGGGUCUUCGAGGCAGCAUUCCACCGCAGCUUGGAAACCUCUCCUUCUUGGGCUACCUUAUCGCAAGUGGCAACGAUUUUCAAGGUCGUCUGCCAGGAGAGCUAUCCCAGUUGCGGCGAUUGAAAUUUAUCAAUUUCAAAGAAAAUAACUUGGGAGGAAAUCUUCCAUCUUGGUUCGCAAACUUAACUUCACUUGUAUCCUUGAGUCUCACUAAUAACAGUUUCGUUGGAACCAUCCCAGAAGAAAUUGGUAAUCUUGCCAACCUUAGGAUACUCGACUUGCAGCAGAACCAGCUUUCAGGGGCAAUACCUAAGAGCAUCUUCAACAUGUCUUCAUUAGAAAAUCUUGCUUUGACAUUUAAUCACCUCUCUGGUAGUCUGCCUCUACCAAAUGAUAUUGACUUGUGCCAUGGACUUCCAAAACUGGAAGGGCUUUACCUGUCUUCUAAUCAGUUGAUUGGCCAAAUUCCAUCGAUGACGGAGUGCAACAGCCUUGAUCAAGUCUUAUCCUUGUCUGUCAAUCGUUUCACAGGUAGCAUCCCAACAGGCACUGGAAAUUUAACCAGCCUGAGUCAACUAUGGCUUGGUUCAAAUUUCCUAACAGGUUCAAUGCCACAUGAGUUGAGCCAACUAAGAAAUCUGGAGGUUUUGAGCACGCCAAAGAACAGUUUGAGCGGCUUCAUCCCUCCUGCAAUUUUCAAUCUCUCGAAGCUGAAAGUCCUUGAGGUUUCCAAUAAUCAACUUUCUGGCAACCUCCCAUCAAGCAUAUUGCUUCCAAAUAUUGAGUAUUUCAUUGUAGCGGUUAACAACUUCACAGGCAGAAUCCCCAGCUCUAUCUCCAAUUCUUCUCAACUCAUCGUACUAUAUACCUAUAAUAAUUCAUUCUCUGGUCUUAUUCCCAAUCUUGGUUCUCUAAGAAUGCUACAGAGGCUUGACAUUACGUUCAACAAUUUAACUGCUGAUUUGGGCUUUUUCCCUUCCUUAACAAGCUGCACAUAUUUGGAUACCUUAUCACUUUCCUUCAAUCCCUUGAACGUUGUCCUUCCUGUUUCUAUUGGGAAUAUGUCUGCUCUCCAAUAUUUUAUUGCAGGAGAAUGCAAUAUCAAGGGUAGCAUUCCGGUUCAAAUUGGUAACUUGAGCACAAUUGUGCAAGUGGAACUUUCUUCAAAUAAAUUGACUGGAUCCAUACCGUCAGUUUCCAGAAGAUUGAAGCAGCUCCAGGGUUUGUCUCUCUCUGGAAACCAGUUACAAGGAGCCAUCCCCAGUGAUAUCUGUGGCUUGGAAAGUUUGGACUACUUGUUCUUAAAUAGCAACAGACUUUCUGGACAGAUACCCACAUGCUUGUCAAAUUUAACUUCUAUGAGAAAACUUUACUUACAAAACAACAACCUAGGUUCGGCCAUACCAUUGUCUUUCUGGAGUCUUACAUUUCUGUUGGAAGUAAGAUUGCAUUCAAAUUCUUUAAAUGGUUCUCUACCACUAGACAUUGGAAAUUUGAAGGUCCUGGUAUACAUGGAUUUAUCAAGAAAUCAACUGACAGGUGCUGUUCCGAGUGGAAUUGGAGGUCUCAAAGAUUUACAGUAUCUUUCCUUAGCGGAAAAUAGUUUUCAAGGUUCCAUUCCAGAGUCAAUUGGCGGCUUGGUAAGCUUGACAUCGUUGAAUCUAUCGGCAAACAAUCUCUCCGGAGUGAUUCCCAAGUCCUUGGAGGCACUUUCAAACCUCAAAUCCUUCAAUGUGUCUUCAAAUAGGUUGCAUGGAGAAAUCCCACGUGGAGGACCCUUUGUAAACUUCUCUGCCCAAUCAUUUAUGUUCAAUGAUGCAUUGUGUGGUUUGACAAGAUUCCAAGUCCCGCCAUGUGAAUCUAUUGCCCAUCGAAAAUCAAAGGCAGGUAAUGUCCGCUUACUGAAAUAUAUAUUACCAGCGGUUGCAUUUGUUAUUCUGGUAAUUGGAUUCACUAUCAUAUUCAUCAAACACCGAAAGAAGAGGAACUCGAAACCAGAGAACCAAGAAUCAGGAGAUAUGUUACCUAUGGCAACAUGGAGGAGAAUUUCCUUUCUGGAACUUCAACAAGCAACAGAUGGAUUUAGUGAUUACAACUUGCUUGGCACAGGGAGUUUCGGCUCUGUAUUUAGAGGUACCCUGUCAGAUGGGACAAAUAUUGCUGCUAAGGUUUUCAAUUUGCAAGUGGAAGGAGUAUUAAAGAGUUUUGAUUCUGAAUGUGAAGUUAUGAGCAAAAUUCGCCAUCGAAAUCUCGUAAAAAUCAUAACCAGUUGCUGCAGCAUUGAUUUUAAAGCCUUGAUACUAGAGUUCAUGCCCAACGGGAGCCUUGACAAGUGGUUAUAUUCUCACAACUAUUUCUUGGAUCUCCUGCAGAGGUUAAACAUCAUGAUUGAUAUUGCAUCAGCCCUUGAAUAUCUCCAUUCUUGUUCAUCACCGAUAAUCCACUGUGAUUUAAAGCCCAGUAACGUUCUGCUAGAUGGAGAUAUGGUGGCCCAUGUGGGUGACUUUGGCAUUGCCAAACUCUUGAGUGGAGGAGAUAGCAUUUGCAUGACCCAAACAUUGACACUAGCCACGAUUGGGUACAUGGCACCAGAAUAUGGACAGGCCGGAAUAGUUUCAACAAAAGGCGAUGUUUACAGCUUUGGCAUUCUAAUGAUGGAAACCUUUACAAGGAAAAGGCCUACUGAUGAAAUGUUUUCGGAAGAGAUGAACAUUACACAGUGGGUUAAACGUUCAAUGCCUGAUGCAAUAAUUGAAGUUGUGGAUUCAAAUUUGUUAAGGGUUGGGGACGAAGAAAUAAAUACUAUAAUAUCGAUAUUGCAAUUGGCAUUGCAUUGUUCCGGGGAUUUACCAGAAGAAAGGCUGAAAAUGAAAGAUGUGCUUUCCUCUCUUGAAAAGAUCAGAACACACUUUUUGAAGGAGUUCCAUACUGUGGGGAAUAGAAAUUAGGAAUGCUAGAAGAACUCUAGUGGGACAAAUAGCAAAUAAAAUAAUGCUUCUCAUAAAAAAUAAAAUUACAGUUUCCCCAUUUUAAGAAAUAAGAAUGAAUGAAUCUCGAGAAA